AUGAAACACCUGGUUCUCUAUUGUUCAACAGCGCUUUACGUAUCUUCUGGUGUCUUGGCAUCUUCGUCAUCAUCAUCGUCGGAAAACUCUGUUUUCCCAUUCGACACAUGGACUGAAGAUGACCUUAAGGAUUAUGUCAAUGAUCACAUGAAUAAUUUGAAAGAUAUCUCCACUAAAUCGUUAGAUGAUUUGAAAGCUGAUGCCAUGGAUGUCUGGGAUCAAAACAUGCACCCUAAACCAUGGUGGAAAUUUUGGGCUUCUGAUGAUAAACAAUUCCCAUGGAUGUCUAACAAGGGGAUGGGUAAAGCUGAAGAUAUUUCUGAUUGGUUGUUUAACUCUUGGUCCAAAGAUGAUUUACAUAAGUACUUAUUGAAAAAUAGAAUUAAAGCUGAUGCCAAUGAUUCUAAGGAUGCAAUGGUUCAAUUAGCUAAGAAAUAUUUCAAAGAUAUCUCUAAAAAAUCAAAGGCAUCAGGUUAUUAUCCAUCGUCUUCUUAUUUCAAAGAUUGGUCUGUGGAGGAUUUAACUAAUUGGUUAGAUAAAUACAAGAUCUCUUAUAAGAGAGAUAUGAUCAAUAAAAAGGAGGAUUUAAUGCAUUUAGUUAGGAAAAACAUGUAUGCUGUUUCUAAUAAAGUAGAAAAGGAAAGAUUAAAUCUAUUGGAUUCUAUGGAUUUAGCUAAUAAACAAUUUUUAAAUAAAGCUGGUGAAUUAAAGGAAAAUAUCUUUGAUACUUGGUCAAGUAAUGACUUAGAAAAAUGGUUAGAAAGUCAUGAUGUUCAAUUGGAUGAAAAAUUAAUGCAUUCUCAUGAUUAUUUAGUGGAACAGGCAAAUGAUAACUAUAGUUUAUUAAAGGAUGACAUUAAUUGGUAUUUGAAAUAUUUGAAGAAAAAGACUACUCCAUUUAUGGAAAAAUCUCCUGAAAAUGUUGAUUCUACUUGGAAAUCUGUCACUUCUGCCGGUCAAGAUAUGUACUCAAAGACAAAGAAAAAGACAAAUGAAGUCAUCAAUGAUACGUUCUUAAUUGGUAUCGAUGAUUGGUCUAAGGGUAGAUUAAAGGAAUUCUUAGAUAUUCGUGACAUUGAUUAUUCCAUGUUUGCUACAAAGAAAGAUUUGAUUCAAAAAGUUAGAGAUUCAAGAAACGCACCAUUAAGGAAAUUGAAAGAUAAUAUGAUUUCUUUCAAAGAUUGGUCAUGUGAAAAGAGAGGUGAAAUGGCAUCCCAAGUGACCGAAGGUAUGGAUAUGGCAAGUAAGAAAGCUGGUGACAUGAAGGAAAAAUUCGGUGAAAUUUGGUAUGAAACAUUUGAAAAUUGGUCACAAGAUGAUUUGAAAGCUUAUUUGGAAAGUUUUGGUAUAAGAAUGAAGCCAACAUCAACAAGAGAAGAAAUGAUUCAAUCUGCAAAGGAAAAUACUCAAUGGUUCUUUGGUAUUAAACAAGAGCCAUUUUAUAAGAGAGUUUUGAAUAAAGCUCAAGAUCUUGCUAAACGUGGAUAUGCAAUGAUGGUAACUUGCUAA